GCGCGUAAUUUUUAAAUUUUUAAUUCAAUGUAUUGCCUGUAGAGGGAAGUACCAGUCUUUACUUAAUAGAAAUUGUAUACCUUUUUCUAAUUUUGGAGGUUAAACACAUUGAAUUUGAAUAGUAUAUUAAAAAGUGUAAUUAUUUAUUAUUAGUAUUUAAUUUUAAUCCAUAAAAAUGUCAUCGUUUACGUUCGGAACGCCUACUAUAACCUCAAGUAGUUCAGGUUUUGGAUUUGGUACUCAAAGCACGUCUUUUACUUCAACGACACCUGCAACUGGAUUAACAUUUGGAACACCAACCCCAGCGGCUACUACCAGCAACUUAAAUUUUGGUUUUGGAACAACACCAACAACUGCUACACCUAAUCAACCAACUGGCACAUUUUUAGGAACUGGAACAGCUACGACAACUGCAACAUCAAACUUCUUUUCAACUCCGACAACUUCUGCAGCUCCUUUGUUUACUGGACGUACUUUUGGAACGCCUGUUCAAAACAAUACAAAUACCAUAAAAGCACCUAUAAAUACUACACCUGCUACAGGAGGUUUAAUGUUUGGAACUUCUACCAGUACACCAUCCUUGUUUGGUGCUGUUAGUACUGGUGGUUUAGCAGCUACUAAAUUAACAACCACUACAACUACCACUACAACUGCUAGUAAAGGAUUAGGUGGAUUAGAUGUUUCUGUUAAUAAUAAAGGUCUUUCUCAAGGUAGCAAUAGUCCAACUGCAGCGAAGGAAAAUUUAUUACCCAAUGAAUUGUGCCAAACCAUAGAUAAAUUCAAAGAAUUUGUGAAAAAACAGAAGGUUUUAUCUUCCGAUAUAGCGAGAGGUUCUGCUAGACCACUGAACCGUUGUGCAGAGGAUACAGCAUCUUUAAUGGAACUUUUAACAACAUUGGCAGGAUCUGUACAACGUGAUCGUUCUUUUGCUGAUAAACUGAAACAAGAUACGGCUAAGGCAUUACAAAAUGCAGAAAUAGCUCAAAGAACAAACGAUACACCAUCUGGAUUGCAAUAUGAAAAUAACGCACCACUUCUAUUUUUCAUGGAAUUAGCAGAAAACUUUGAACACGACUUAAUGUUAUUUAGAUCUCAAAUUGAAACAACAGAGAAACAUAUACAAACGAUGAUGGCACCAAAGACUUUAACUCCACAAGAAUUAACUAUGGCUAUGAGUAAACUUCAUGAAUCAUUAGUCGCUGUUGCUGGAAAAUUGCAAGGUGUACACUCAAAAGUACAACAACAGAAAGAACAAUAUUUAAAUUUUAGAAAAUACGUCUUGAAAGAUAACACUAACGUUUUUGAUGAUAUUAAAACAAACGAUAAAUCAUUGGGAAACACUAUGGGAAGAAUUACUAGUGGGCCAACACCUUUUGGUCCAGGCAACAGAAGUUUCAUAUCUUCAACAGCAUUGAUUUCUUCUCAAACUGCCAGUUUAGAUGCACGAAAUUCUUUAGUUUGGGGUAAUACGACACCAGUUCCUUCUGCUAUAAACUCAACCAUAGAUACAUCAUCGAUCAAGCCACCAACAGCUAGUUUGAACUUCAAUGCUCCAUCAAAUCUUACCGCACCUAUGACAACUAUCGAAUCUAAUGCUAAUUUCCAACUACAGAAACCACCGAUUGGAAAUAAAAGAGGGAAACAUUAAGUUUUCUUUCUUUUUUUUUUUUUUUUAACAUUUCUCUUUCUCUUAUUUUUCAUUACUCGUCGUAAAA